AUGACAUCAGAUUCACCCGAGACAUCGCUAAAAACGAACCGAAAACAGUGCUAUGCAGCUCGAGAUGCCUACCUCCGAUGUAUGGACGAGAACAACCACGAGGAGAAGAAAUGUCGGGUUUUUAUGACCGAUUUCAAAGCCAAAUGUCCCGCUUCAUGGGUGCCACAUUUUAUUAGGAAACAUCAGUUUGAGAAAUACAAGAAUCAGUUAGAAACGCAAGGAGUAACGACAGCAGAUGAACAGUACGAGAAAGCGAAGCAACCGACGCCGUAA